AAGAAGAAAAAACAAACAAAAUAAGUAACUCAGACAAUGGCCACAAUCAACGACGAGGAGGUCAACAGCAAUGGGAAAGUCGAUUCAUCGAUGGAGCCGGAGAGCACUCUGCAGCAGCUAAAGGCGAAGAAAAACAAAUCGAAUCUGUUUCUCAUCAAAUCCUACAGUUUCAUCGAAAGAAACAAUAACAAUAAUAGUAAUAGAAACAACAACAAUAAUAACAAUAACAAUAACCAUGGGCUAUAUAAUAAGCGUUUGCAAUCGCCUGAUAUGGAACCCUUUCCGGAUAUCGCCUCCUUGAUGCUGGUUGCCGAUGAGCAGCCCACCAAGAAGACGCGCACGAAGAAGUCCCAAAACACAAAGCCGAAAACGAAGGCAAUCAAAAAUGGAAAGAAACAGCGGGAGGAGGAUCAACAGGAUCCACAGGAUCCGCAGGAUCCGCAGUUCAUUAGCGAGCAGGAGGCGCAGCUGCUGCGUCGCAAUCCGCACGAGUAUGAGGAGCUGCUCAAGCACUCACCAGCGGCGCAUGGCUUACACCUGCCACGCCCACAAUCGCUGCCCGGCAAGGUGCACUUUGAGGCGUCGGCGCUGUGCAUUAUCGAGCCGCCGGCAUCGAAACGUCGCAGCGGCAACAUCAAGCGCGAAUCGUUCUUGCGUCAGAGUCUACAAUCGAUACGCCGCAGCUUUGGUUCGAACAAGAAUUCGUCAAAGCUAUCGAUAGCCACGCCCUCGAUCACACCGAUGCCCUCGCCGGUGUCAUCGAACGCCUCGUCCACAUCGACAACAUCCUCCUGCUCCUCAGCCACAGCCAUCACCAUGCUGAGCAAGGCGCAGGCGCACAAUCACAUCCUGGAUGAGUUCCUGCCCACGCCCGUUGUCCUGCUGCUCAAUCAUGAUGCACAGAUACAAUAUAUCAGCCAAGCUGUGAACAGUUCAUUGCCUCAAAGCUUCAGCAGCUAUAACGGUCCGCUGCAGUCGAGCGGCAGCGCUCAGAGUCUCGGUAGCAACUCCAGUAUCAGUCCUCGCAACCGUCACAGCCCGAGUCAGGGUCAAGGCAAGACGGGCGGCUCAGCGGCCGGCAACACGGCCAAACAACAUGAACUGCAACAGGCGUCGGCGGUGGCAACGAUCUCCUCAACAUCUGCCACCGCUGGCGCCGGCAACGGCGGCAGCAGCAGCGGCGGCGGCGGCGUCGGCGGCGGCAGCAGCAGCGUUGCAUCCUCAUCGGCAGCUGCGGGCAGCGCCACAGUAGCCGCAACGCCAAACGAAAAGGAGAAGAAGCGCAAGGAAGUCUCCAGUUCGCGUGUGAAAAAGUUCCAUCGUCAUUUCUCGCAAGUCUCCAAAGACGAGAAGCUCAUCAAUUACUUCUCAUGCGCUCUGGUUGGGGACAUUCCGCUGCAGGGUCAUCUGUACAUAACGGACGAUCACUUCGCCUUCUACUCCAAUGUCUUUGGCUAUGUAACCAAGGUUGUUAUUCCCACGUCUUCGGUAACGAAAAUCUCCAAAGAGAAAACCGUUAAGAUAAUACCAAAUGCUGUGGGCGUCGCCACAGCCGAUGAGCGUCAUGUGUUUGGCAGCUUCAUCAGCCGCGAGUCCGCAUUUCGUCUAAUGUGCAACGUGUGCAGCCAUCUCGCCUCGGGGCCGGAGAUUCUGCCCAAGCCCCUGCCCGUGGAUGUGGAGCUCACGGAGGAGUAUAUCGACGACGACAGCAGCUGUUCGGUCAGCGGCAACGAGAGCCCGCCACAUCUACGAAAUGCAGCAGCCGCCGCCGAGGCGGCAGCCAUAGAAUCCGAGCCACAAAUGUUUCUCCGGCAGCGACCAAGCAGUGACAGACAUUCCGAUCAUCAGGCAAGAAGCUCGCUGAGCGUAUCGCAUAGCCAGUUGACCAUUCGCAGCUCCGCUCCACCCAUUGUCCACUAUGAGGAGCCGAUGGCUGGCGGGCAAGUGCUGCUCAUUCAGAACGGCGCUGGGAGCCGUACGGUGAAUGGUUCCGCUUCCACUUCCGCAACAGCUUCGGCUGCGUCCAGCUCUGGCCCUCCUUCCAGCUCCUCGUCGCCCAUUACAGUUGUGGGCGUGGCAGCGCCGCCACCAACGCCAACUGCAGCGCCAUCAGUGGGUCGACGUCUGAGUGGAUUGGCCCAUUCGGCACGCCUGCAUUUGCGCCUGCGGCUGCCGUCCCUCACAGAGCUGCAUGUCAUCUAUCUGGGCAUAAUGCUGGCCUUUAUGCUUGCCCUCUUCUCAGUCUUCUUGCUCUACCGCAUCCUGGACAUCGAGGCCAAAACGAGUCUCUACCGGACGCCAGUCGACUUCAAUAUGCGGCCGGGCACCGAUGAAGACAUCUUCGUGGAGGCGCUGCGCUGGCAAAAGGAGCUGCAGGACAAAAGCACGGCAGAGGCUCAGCAUAUUUUAACGCGGAAUCUGGAGCAAAUAUCCAAGGUGCGUCGCAGCCUGGAAACGCUAUCGAUGCUGAUCCAUGACAGAAGAGCAGGCUACGGCGAGGCCCAGGCGAGUGCGGGGCCGGAAACGGUAACGGAGAUGGGGGCAAUACCGGAGCCAGAUCUAGUUGGUGCCAGCCAGGUUCAUAGCGAUGUCAGUGACUGAUUUCCGAUUUUGAUUUUGAUUUUGAUUUCUAUAUCGAUAUCGAUUUUAUCCCCUCCCCCAAAUACACAAAAACACUCUCUCUUUAAGCUUAAGUUUUAGUCGGCUCAUAGAAAGUAAAACAAAGCCCAAAGCAAAUAAUUUUUUAUAGUCAUAGUUCAUGUAACUAAAUAUAUACCUUAUAUAUAUAUACAUAUAUA